CAUCCCUGUCUUCCAAUCAGUUCGUUCGCAUAGCAACAGAACGUAGAAAACGUCACGACAUAUCAUGGCUACACGGACUUUCUGAAGUUGGAGCCUAGAACACAGUAUUUGGAACAUUUAGGCUCGGAAAAAUAGGGCACCAUGAACUCCAAAAACAAACCAAAAGUCUCGUCUGCAAUCGACACUGUCAAUGAGAUGUAUUCACCCUUGGAUUUUUCUUACAAGUGUCUAGCAGGAGUACAAGAUGCUCUGGAUGAAGAACCCAGACCGGGUCCCCAUAAAGUGGAGAGAACUGAAGGAUCAGGACAGUUCAAAGCAAAUUCAAUACGAUUCUGUUAUAAUGCCAUCUCGGACCUUGAGAAUUUAAGUUCCACACUGGAACAUAUUUUGGAAAAUCCGUUGGAGCUGGCAUGGCUCGACUUGUCUUUUAAUGAUAUAUCCAACAUAGAUAAGGUGUUACUACAGUAUCCAAAGCUGAAGAUUUUAUACCUGCAUUCAAACAACAUUGAAAAACUUUCAGAAGUGGACAAACUAGCUGAACUUCCUGAGCUCAUUAGUCUAACAUUGCAUGGAAAUCACAUUGAAAACCUUCCUGGUUAUAAAGAGCACAUUAUUUCAACAUUGCCAAGGCUCAAGACACUGGAUUUUAUAUCAAUUACAAACCAAAACCGAGCUGAAGCUCGUCUAUCGAGGGAAAGAGUUCGGAAGAAGUAGAUUUACAAAAUUAGGAGAGAUUUAAUAACUCUAGUUUUGGAUUUGUAUGUUUGGUGAUAACUGACAAAGUAAAGAUAGUUUGAAUGAAAACUUCACACAGUAUUCAUAAUAACAUUUCGGAUUGGUGUAAAGACAUUUCGAGCGAAGGUCAAUUUCUGGCUGAGUCCAGGCUGAAUGAAGCUUAUUGUGUUGGUGAAAUAAACUCCUAAAAAUAUUUUGAAUCUGCAGGAAUUUGUAUAAAUAACACUUGUCAAUGCAAGAAAAAAAAUGGUAACAAAGUUGAAAGGCCUGAACACCUUGACAAUUCUGCAGAAAAAGUUUUGUCAUGGAAAUCACUAGACAACAAACAAGAUAAGUUUAGUUAGCAGGCUAAUAAAAAACAAAACAUAGAGUAUUGAUAUUGCCAAAGGACUAUGUAACUCUUUGCUCACUUUACAAUAAAGACUAUAGAGACACGUAA